GAAAUCUUUCCGGGGCAAUUCACUCCAUCUUUAACCCAUCGUUUUGUCGCUUUGUUGGAGGCUAAAAAUAAGCUGCUGCGAAAUUACACGCAAAAUAUCGACACUCUUGAACAAGCUGCUGGAAUUACCAGACUUAUUCAGUGUCACGGCUCAUUUGCCUCAGCGAGUUGCACAUCGUGUAAAUAUCGCGUACCUGGCAUCCAAAUAAAAGACGCCAUAUUUGCCCAAAAAAUCCCGUACUGUCCUCGAUGUCGUCCGAAAGAAGCCAAAGAGAUCGCAUCUGCAACGAACGGGACACUGUCUUCACCGCAAUUGUCAGAGAAAGAUCCAAUAACAAACGAAACGGGUGACCACACAACCAACCGUCAGACUGUAAAUUCGUCGUGUGCUGCUUUUUUUGGCGUGCUGAAGCCGGAUAUUGUAUUUUUUGGUGAAGAUUUAUCCAGCGAGUUCCACAACACCUUGGCUUCCGAUGUAAAGGAAGCAGACUUGGUCUUGGUUAUGGGAUCUUCACUGAAAGUGCGUCCUGUGUCCCACAUCCCCAAUUCUAUUCCGGGUCAUGUGCCGCAAAUACUGAUCAACCGUGAACCCUUAUCGAAUCAUGAUUUCGAUGUGGAACUUCUAGGCGAUUGUGACGUGAUCGUCAGUGAGCUCUGUACACGACUUGGCUGGGAACUGGAUAACGGUCUAGGCCCGGUGGCUGCGGAACCUGGUACACUGAUUCCAUUGCGCCAGUUAUGGGAGAAUCGAAUGAAAAAAGAAGAAAUGUUGCAAGAAACAAGGAUGAAACCCAUUGAGAGAGAGGAAGUGAGAACGACUGAAGCUGAUCAAAUCAGUUCAGAAAUCUCGCCUAAGAACAAGCAGUCACCAGCUUUGACAGACGCUACCAAAUCCAAUGAAACAAAGGAUACAACCCAAGGUGCUGAAAUUACCGACGGAGGUAGUGCACAAUGCUCCAAGAACGUGGUUGAAAUCAACGAAAGCGACGAAGAGAGCGAUGAAGAAGAGGAUGUAUGGGAGGUCGCCGCAUCCUUACCGUUGUCGCAACGUCGUGCAAAUUCGAGUACGCACCCACGUUCUCCUCGGUCCUCCUCAUCGUGUUCUGGCAAACAUCCGCAUCCGGUGGAACCGCGCACUCCUCCACCUACACCUAAAGAACUUGAACCGAGUUGUUGCACCACCCCAUCCCCACCACCCCUGGUGAACGCAGUUGAUGAAAUCUCCGAGCAGCCGUUAUCCGAUACAUCUAAGGUCACAACAGCCGCAUCCUCCUCCUCCUCCCUUGAUGGCCCGGAACCAAAGAGACCUCGUGGCGAUCAAGAGCCGACUUCUGAAUGA